CUGAGGGCAAACUUUUCACCAGCACACCGCAAGCCGCACUGAAUCCCACAGAGCCCGCUGCACAGCGACUUGUCAGCUUGCUGACAGUCCGCGGCGCCGCCUGGCAGCUCGAGGAGAAGUAUGUGACGCGCCGCGCACCAAGUGUCGACCAGACUUCGCUGGGACCCAAAGCGAUUCAUACUAUAUUAGGCUCGCCUCACAUAGCGCCAAGGGUAUCGUGACCGAUCGAACCACCCACCCGUAAAGAUUUUUUGUACCGCACCGAUUGGAUGAAGGCUCGAACUCGAAAUAGGCCAAAGCUAAAAAAACGCCGGCCGGGUUAACGUCACCCCAAGCGGGCUCCGGUCAGAUUCCCCCCCGGAGGCGACAGAGAUGCACCACUGGAAUUCCUAAAACACUUCGGUCUCGAGCACAACCCUGAGCUCCCGGAUUCUAUCUAUCUGACCCUGAGCACCGUGCACUAACACGAAAACUUAAAGUCCGACAUUCUGCUGGGGCGGGCCGCAAGCCACAAGAGCAGGCUUCAAAACGCGGAUGCCGCCACACACCUAAAGCCGAGUUCAAAGAAAAGUAACGAAUCUCCCCAGUCGCAGGCCAGAGGAUUCAUUAAGCGGGGCGGGGCGGGGCAGGAAAGGGGACAAGAAAAGAGACAAGGGGAUUAAACGAAACCCGCGCGUGCGUAGACCAGCCACCGUGGACGGCACUCGCACCAAAGCCCUCGCGAGACUAGUCUAUGUACAUAUGAUAUGGCAGUCAAGCUCUGCACUACAUAAUGUAGCCACCACGUCAUGCUCCGCGUAACCAAGGCUCAAAAUCCGCGGUCUCAGACGGCGUCCAAGCACAGACGUGCGGUAUUAUAACAAAGAAAAUGAAACGACGGAAUUCCAUAGCGUCCCGCCUGCAAUCCUUUUGGUUAACCGGCUAUGGCCGGGUGGAGCCAGGGAGGAAGGAACCGAACGGGCCGGGAGAGAGACGACCGACGACCACGGAGGAGUUGGACGGCCGAGAAAGGAAGGAGAAGAGGAGGACGGACGGACGGACGCUCCACGUGCGCGCCGGGCCUCGGCCCCACGAGGAGCGAAGCGGUGGCGCCGUGGCACCGACGAAUUCGGGAAAAAAUCUGCAAUUCGCGAAUUGGGAAAAAAUCUGCGAAUUCGCGAAAAAUAUGCAAUUCGUGAAUUCUGCAAUUCGCGAAUUCGCGAAUGUGUGCAAGCGUGAGGCAAGAUGGAUGAAUAGGAGAAGCGCCACGAUGGGAGGAGGAGGAGGAGGAGGAGGAGGAGGAGGAGGAGGAGGAGGAUGACGAAAGGCAGGCAAGCCGGGGUGCAGAGCGGCCUGGCCCUCGCCCUGCGCGGUGCGGCAUCACGGCCGGCGCGCAGCGAAACGGCCGAUCCUCGGCCGGGCAGCGUAGCAUGGUUCCCCC